AUGGGCAACUCAACUGCGACUCCUGCAACUUCUCUCACUCGUAUUAAUACUACUACUUUCCCUGUGCCUCGCACAUCUGCCUCUGUGAUUAAUCCUAAUAAUUCUCCCACUCCUGAAAAGUCACCUACCCCUCCUAUUCCAUUGAAUUCGUCCAAUGACGUAGUUCCUGUAGCUUCUCCAACUGCUCGUAUUUCUGCUGCUGAUAGGAUUUCUAUAACGUCUCCGAGUUCUGAGAUUUCAGUCACUUCUCCGACACUAGAGAUUCCACUUGUUUCUUCUAGUCCAUCGAUUAAUGAUAUUCCUGAUAAAUCUUCCAAUCUUAAUCUUGUGAUUAGUCCUGAUACAUCUCCUAUUCCUCCUACGAGUAAUACUCCUAUAAGAUCUCUUACUCGUCCUGUUAUUAUUACUCCUGUUAAUUUUACCAUUUCUCCUACUGAAAUUCGUUCUGAUGCUCUUAUUGCAAAUGAUGCUUCUGCUAACCCUAAUAUUCCUGUUGCAUCUACUACUCCUGUUAUAUAUACAAAUCAUUUUCCUAAUAAAGUUGUUCCCAAACGGCCAGCAUCUAGAAUUUCAAUAUCAUCUUCAACAUCGACUCUUGAACAACCAAAAUCAAUUAAUUUAUCUUCUGGUGAUCGAUCAAAUAAAUGGAAUAAACUUGAACAAGGAAAACAGAAACAAUUAUUUCAUGUACCUCAACAUACAGAUCUAUUCACAUCAACAUGGACAGAUUCUAAUAAUGAUCAAACAAUAGCUUCUGCUCUUCCACAUAUUGUAGCUUUACCAAGCUUUGCAUUACGUACAACAGCUGUAUGUAAACCUUCACAGGAUGAUCGCAUUUUAUCAGAACGAAUACAAUCAACACAUUCGAAUAUAUCAAUAUUUAAAUUCUAUCUAGAUCAAAAAGAAACAAAACCAUCAAUUGGUAAUCAUACAAAAGCAACAAUGUUCAAAAUGGAUACUCGUCUUAAACAAACACCUUUUCCAAGUCCAUCUUUAUCAUUUUUUACUAAAAAUUUCAAUGAUGGUACACCUGAAAUAGAUACUGAUUCAACAAUUAAACCAACAUUUCAAUCACUUGGUCUACAGAAUGAUUUUGAAAUAGAACGUAUCAAUCAAUCCCCAACAAAAAUUCAUUCAGAUGAAAAACAACAACAACGAAAAAUUCUUCAUUCUUCAUCAUUCUCUGAUUUAAACUCAAAUAGCAACAAUUCUUUUCAAUUUACUACAUCAGUUAUUAUUGAUCAAUCAAAUGAUUUCUUGAUGGGAAAUACAUCAGUACAAAAUAAUCGUCAACCAUUAACAUCCGUAUUAAAAGACUCAUCAUCUCAAAUGAUUUAUAAUCCUUAUUCUACAGUAAAAUAUAAUCAAAUACUUCAAGGGUAUCAAAAACCUGAUUUGGAAAAUUAUCGAUCAACAGUACCAUUCGAUGUCGUACCAACAACAACAAAACCUAGCCAAAAAAUUAUUAAUUUUAUGGUAUUUAAUAUUUCAUAUCGAACUAUAUGUGAUGAUGAUACUGAUAAUCUUCAAUAA